AUGUCUGGCCUCUCCGAUGUUGGCGUGCAGCAGCAUGGUGACAAACAUGAGAUCCCAACACAUCUACACGUUCACAAAACAGGAGCAUGGCUACCUGCAGACCACCGAACCCACAAAGCAUGGCUAGGCCAUCAGAUCGAGCAAGCACAAAAGAACAAAAAGCCACUAAUUCCAGUCUUGCAAGAGUUCAAGGAGUUCAUUGAGUCGGACCCUCGUGUCUACAUGUAUUUCACCGCCAUGUUCGACGAGGUUCCCUACAAGCAUGUUUACAGAAGAGAUCCGACUGGACACAAACAGAUUCGCGACUACAAUCAUAUGCUGGAAGUUCUCAAUCACGUCUUUGGCUCGGCUCCAGUCUGGACUGACGCAGCACAGCAAGUUGGUAUGGUUGGUGUGCCAAUGUGUGCAAUCCUCGACUAUCCCAUGUCUACUCCCUCCGGUCAUGCCGCCUUCCUCGAUCCUGAAGUCAACAAAGUGUUGAAGAGAGUGCUCAAUGAAUGGGGCAAGUUUCUAUUGGCUUCUGAAUCUGCGGGUGUGUUGCAUGAAAGUAAGACUGGCUGGUUGGGCGAGCAUGGCAAGAAUGAUAUGAUGUCGGUUGCAAAUGCCCCAUACAAGACUGAGCACAAAUUCGACGACUUCUUCGUCUGCGACACAUCACAGAAGCAUUACGGAUACAAGUCUUGGGAUGACUUCUUCACGAGGCAAUUCAAGCCAGAAGUCAGACCAUUGGCUAGUCCAGAUGAUGACAAUGUCAUUGCCAAUGCGUGUGAGAGCAAGACCUUUGCUGUGCAGCAUGAUACCAAGAUAAGAGACAAGUUCUGGAUCAAAGGUCAGCCAUACAGCAUUCGUGACAUGCUUGCAAAUGACUCUCUGUCCGAUCAGUUUGCUGGUGGCACUGUCUAUCAAGCUUUUCUGUCUGCACUUUCUUACCACAGAUGGCAUGCACCAGUCAGUGGCACGAUCAAGAAGGCGUAUGUAGUUGAUGGUACAUACUUCAGUGAACCACUCUUCGAAGGUCUAGGCGAUCCAAACACGAAAGAAAUUGAUGCACAUGGCAUUUCUUCUGGACAAGGCUAUCUAAGUCACCUUGCCACAAGAGCUGUCAUCUUCAUCGAGGCCGACAAUGCUGCAAUUGGUCUCAUGGCAUUCAUUGGUAUUGGCAUGGACGAGGUAUCUACAUGCGAGAUUACAGUCAAGGAAGGUCAGCAUGUCAAGAAGGGGGACCAAACUGGCAUGUUUCAUUUUGGAGGAUCGACUCAUUGCUUGAUCUUCAGGCCUGGUGUUAGGGUUGAAGGAUUUCCUAAGCCUGGGCAGGACGCAAACGUGCCAGUCCGAAGUCAACUUGCUGUUGUGAAGUCAUAG